AAACUUGCAGCGCCAACCCAAAAGUUGAGCAGAAAUGGUGGGAUUGAAAACACACUUGCUUCCUCCACUCCUCCUCUUCUCUCUCUCCGCCCUCUUCUUCUUCUCCUACUUCCACUCCUCCCUCCCCCUCCUCUCCUCCCCACACCCAAACCCUAACCCUAAUUUCACCCUCCACCCCCCAAACCCCGAUUUCACCUUCAUCAUCAAGCUCCUCGCCUACAACCGCCUCGACUCCCUCUCCCGCUGCCUCCGCUCCCUCGCCGCCGCCGACUACCUCUCCGACCGCGUCCACCUCCACGUCCACAUUGACCAUUUUCCCCUCCCCGACGACGACGCGGAUCGCAAGCUGCUGGAGUCGCGUCGGAUUCUGGACUUCGUCGAUGGGUUCGAGUGGAGGUUCGGAGAGAAGGUCGUGCACUACCGGACUGCGAAUGUGGGCCUCCAGGCCCAGUGGCUCGAGGCCUGGUGGCCCAGCUCCGAUCACGAGUUCGCUUUCGUUGUGGAAGAUGACUUGGAGGUGUCGCCGCUCUAUUACAAGUUUCUCAAGAAUCUGAUUCUGAAUUACUAUUACAAUGCCUCCAAUUCUCGCCCCUACAUCUAUGGAGCUUCGCUACAGAGACCAAGGUUUGUUCCAGGUAAACACGGUAACAAACUAAAAUUGGAUGAUAGAACACGGCUCUUUCUAUACCAACUGGUUGGUACUUGGGGUCAACUUCUCUUUCCGAAACCUUGGAAAGAGUUCAGGUUGUGGUACGACAAAAACAAGGCAAAAGGCAUUAAGCCAUAUCUCGAUGGCAUGGUGACUACUGGGUGGUAUAAAAAGAUCGGAGAGAAGAUAUGGACACCUUGGUUUAUUAAAUUCAUUCACACUCGUGGCUAUUUCAAUAUCUACACCAACUUUUUACAUGAGAGAGCGCUUAGCGUCUCUCACAGAGAUGCUGGUGUUAAUUAUGGGAAAACAGCUGGGCCUGAUUCACAUAUAUUGGAUGAAAGUUCUCUUGAAUUUAAGUUCUGGGAUAUGCAACCGUUGGGUGAUCUCAAGUGGUAUGAUUUUUGUUUCAGAGAAAUAUUUCCUGAAAGAGUAAUUGCGAGCCUUGAAGAACUUGGGUCUGUUCUUAAUUCUGUGCAGAAACACAACAAUGUUAUUUUUGUCAGCCUGUUUGGGGUUAAAGAGAUGGUAAUAAGCAACUUGCUCUGCCACUUUGAGAGUCUAAAUUUGCGGAACUAUAUACUUGUUGGCCCCGAGUCUGAAUUCCUGUUUGAUCUGGCAAGAAGAGGACAUUCAGUGAUCAUUACGAACCGGUUUCUGGAGAGUGUAGGAGCUUAUAAAUUGCUUACUGUGCACAAUUCUUAUGUGCAAGUGAUCAGUGAAAUAUUAGUGAAAGUCUAUGUAUUACAAAAGUGUUUAGAAUCUAGGUACAGUUCCUGGGUGGUGGAUGGGAACAUGCUUCCAGUCAGCAUUGACCCAUUUGUCGUCGAGUCUGAUCCCUCAUAUGAUUUCUAUAUUGGUACGAGCUCAGAACUUUUCUUUGCCAGAGGGUCAUCUUUUGCUGAAAAAGAUGUUUGGGGUACUGAUUUCAUAUCAAAAUUUGCAAUGAUGGUGAACUCUCUGCUUGUUAGGCAACAGAGCAUAAGUUUUGGGUAUGUAAUGGCCAAGUUCUUGGAACUGAAGAAGGGUGUGAGAGUGAACACUCUCGAUGAGACAAGCUUUGGUCUUAGGAUUGAUAACAGUAAUGUUAAUCAAUCUUUAGGUGAUGGAAAGAAGAUAGUAUUUUGGCCUAAUGAUAUGGCUUCAGAUAUUGUUCAGAAGCGGCUUCAAGAAAUCGGUAUUUGGGUUAUAAAUGAUGACUCUUCUUGUAAGGCUGUUGUUUGCCACCGGUAAUAGCAUCUGGUAGGAGUUAUACCCGUACAUUAAUCUCUGAAUUCAAUGUAAUCUAUGUAUCUAUAGCCAUUUGCCUUGUAAUGCAAUUCUGUUUCAGCUCUGAA